AUAUGCGUUUGCAAUCAAAAUGUUUUAUUCGUCGCUUGGCGAAUGGCCUUUAUGAUGGUUUAAACAUUCGCGAGGAUAGGAUUGUGUGUCAUCCCGUAUUUUUUCAGAUUGUUAAUCCGGUUCAACAGCGGAUGUUUACGUUUCCGAUUUGACAUUGACGCGUAUAUCUAGCGGCAAGAGAUAUUGCAAACAGUUAAGGUCUUGCUUGUAACAAUGGGUAAUGCGGGAAGUAAUCAACCUGUCAGCCAUCAUCAUGGCAGUACAGUGAGUAGAGAGCAUCGACACAGCAAAGAUCAUCCACCAUCUUCUCCGGGAAAAGAAGGUCAGGUGUUUAUAUUUGACAAGAAACCCAGCCAAAAACUUGUCUUUCAGUCUUCUCACGAGGAAGAAGAGUCAUAUUUUGCAAAGACCGGCCAACAAGAUGGAGAGGAUUUUGGAUCACAACGACCCAGAUCCAAUACUGUUUCUGAAGGAACAAAAGUUGCAGAUAGCAAAGUACUCCCAACUGUUUUCAAAUGGGAAGGAGGUGGGAAACAAGUAUACAUCAGCGGAACAUUUACUGGUUGGAAGACAUUGCCAAUGGUAAAGAGCCAUGGAGAUUUUGUGACAAUUAUUGAUUUGCCAGAGGGAGAGCAUCAGUAUAAGUUCUUUGUUGAUGGAGAAUGGAGACACGAUCCUGGCCUGAAAAUUGUGGACAAUGGUAUGGGCUCCAAAAACAAUCUAGUGUCUGUGAGGAAAUCUGACUUUGAAGUAUUUCAAGCUCUCGCGAAAGACAGCGAGGGUGUCACUAGUAGUGCUCAAACGGAAUACGGACAAGAGAUACCGCCGCAUAAACCUUGGGAGAAGGUACCCGGUCCGCCUAUUUUGCCGCCGCACCUGCUGCAAGUUAUCCUCAAUAAGGACACGCCGCUAUCCUGUGAACCUACUCUUCUACCCGAGCCAAAUCACGUCAUGCUGAACCACCUUUACGCCUUGAGCAUCAAGGACAGCGUGAUGGUCUUGUCGGCCACGCACCGUUACCGCAAAAAAUACGUCACUACCUUGCUUUACAAGCCGAUCUAAGCGUUAAGUCAUUCCCGUAUAUAUAUAUAUAUAUAUAUAUGUUGUAUAUUUGGUGCUGGUCGUUUCCUAGUUAUCACAUAUUAACGCCCAGGCGGCUGAGUGACGUGAUAUCGCAGUUGGAAACUUUCCGAGCUUUCAAGGCAGGGUAGAAGAUUAACAUCUAGAAAUGUCCGUUUUGUCGCCACGUUUAUUAUGCCUCAGUCAUAUAUAAAAUAAUGUAAUUA